AGCCUGAAUUUCAGCCGCCUCCUCCGCUCGCUGAGUCACUCGGGGAGAGAGACAUCGUCUCUCUCCCCGAGUGACUCAGCGAGCGGAGGCGGCGGCUGAGAUUUAGGCUAGGCUUGCUCUGUGCACCCCAGUGGACCUCUUCCUUUCAAAGAUACGAAAAUUCCUCGGAAAUGAGUAAAACUGGAUUGAAAUGCGAACGCCAUACUUGACCGUACUUGUACUCGAACCAACGUCACCUUAAAUUGAUCACGUGGUUUGCUCCAGGAUCCGUCAAACCAUCGUCGGAGUCCUGUCCCAUAUUUUCCCUUCCAAACUUCCAUCCCCCCUUCUCUUCCUGGAGGACAUGGUUUGAAACAGAGGGUUCUGGGCACUGAAAAUCUCAGAAGACGAAGAAAAUAUUUAGCUGUUUGUUUGGAUUCGUUGCUGGUGAGCGAUGAAAUAUUGAGUGGACGUAACCAUAACGAAACGAUAAACUCCGGGGAGAGCUGGGGACGAGAAAGGUCAAGAUGGCGGACGAAUGUAAUAAUGCUCGAUCUAUUUUUGUAGUGGAUGCCUUCACAGAUAAGGCUUUUGGAGGAAACCCAGCGGCCGUAUGCCUUGUAGGAGCAAACGAAUUAGGUGAUGACAUCUUGCAGAAAAUUGCAAAAGAAAUGAACCUGUCUGAUACUGCCUUUAUCUUUGAGAAUGAGCACAACACCUACAGUAAAGGAUCCUGCUUUGGUCUUCGUUGGUUCACGCCAAAAUGUGAAGUACCUUUAUGUGGACAUGCAACCUUAGCCUCAGCAGCUGUUUUGUUCAACUCAUUGGGGAACCCAAACACAGAAGUGACAUUUGAAACUUUAAGUGGAAAUUUAAUAGCCAGAAGACAAGGUUCAUCACUAUCCUUAGAUCUUCCAUUAAUUGACAGCGAACCUUUGCUCGAAGAUGACCAAACAAUUGCAAGGUUAAUAAAAGCAGUUGUAGGUGAACUUGAGGUGAAAGAAGUCCAAUACUCCAAAACUAUGAAGACACUACUUUUGUGUCUUGGGCCAUUGUUGACAAGAGAGGAUUUGGAAAACCUCUCUCCAGACUUCCAAGCCAUGAUGUGCGCUCACUCGUCUGGAGAUGUCCGUGGUGUGAUUGUAACUCUACAAGGGACUGAGUCAAAUGGGUGUGUAGACAGCUGUGGUACAGUGUAUGACUUUGUUUCCCGAUAUUUUGCUCCCUGGGUUGGUGUCUCAGAGGAUCCUGUGACGGGUUCGGCGCACACGGUUCUCGCAAGCUUCUGGUCAGGAAGAUUACAGAAGAACGACUUUUAUGCUCGACAGUGCUCGUCUCGCGGCGGAGAACUCCAAAUUCACGUGAGACAAGACCACAGAGUUGAAGUCGCUGGAAAAGCUGUUUUAGUUCUACAAGGGAGUUUAUACUUGUAACAACUGGCGGUGUACUCGCGUCACGCAACACACUUCUAGUUAAUGGCGUUCCGUGACGGCUGGCAAGAAGGCUAUCUAUGCGUGACGUGCCUAAAGAAAGUCUGCGAAGGAGACUGGAGUCCAGCAGAGCAUAGCAAUAUUUUAAUUGUUAUUGUUAUUGUUUUGGUUUACAAUGCAAGAUUGGACGGUCACAGAAACAUCUGUUGUCUUGGCGAGUUUGGUUUGUUGUGGAAACUAAUCCAAUUCUGAUUGUUAAACUUAAGUUGUACUGUAGUUUACAAGAUUAAAUACAAUAUAUAAAUUAUAAAAAAUACACACUGUAGCUGGCCACUCAAAAUAACUAUAAAACUAAACCAGUUAUGUGACAACCAUUUAUUACUUGAAAAUAUAAACACGAGUCAGAAGAUAGGCUUAACUAAAUAUCUAAAUGUAAUGUAGGUUAAGUCUGCAUACGAGCCAAGUGGCCCAUCAGGCUGGCGCUUAUCCUGGUUUCAGUAGCAUGAAGCGACUAGGAGUAUUUCUACUCCCCACUGGAUGGGAUGCUACUGAGUCCAUCGCAGGGUUACCCCUAGCAAUAAGUGCGCCGAUACCCAUUUGUACACCUGGGUGGACCUGAGAGAGGCACCGUGAGAGUAAAGGGUACUCACUAAAAUAAGUUAGUAGAGUUCUACUAGUAUACUAAUGCAAAUGCUGUAAUCUGAUUGUUAAUUAGAAGAUAAUAAAUAGAUAACAGUA